AGACGGGCGCGUUUGUUGCAUUAACCGAAAACGUAUGUUUCGUAAAAUAUCGAUCUCAAGAGUUAAAAUUAAGGAUUAUUAAUCAAUUGUUUGAAAGAGACACGUUUAAGAAAACAGAUUAAUAAGUGGAGGUGGUGCUAAGUCGAAAAGGAAUAAUACGAUAUUUUAUAAAAUUAAUCAAGAAACGUAUACUCAUAUGCAGCAUUGGACAACUAAAUUAUAGCCGAGGAAGAUACUUUUAAAAUUAUGUAAAUUUUGUUAUUCAAUGUAAUUAAUAAAAGUGACAAUAAUAAAGAAAUAAAUAUAAAAGACGCAAGUGGAGAUGCGUAUUCAGUGGUUGUGUAUUGUGUUAUUGUGCGCGUCUGGACUUCUGUUAAGAUGCGACGCGUUACCGCCCGCCGCUCUCGGCGAUGUCGUUGCAAAUGCCGCCAGCAGUUUGAAUUCUAUGAAGGUGACAGGAGCAUGGCGAAGAUUAUCAAGUACGGUGAGCGAGUCAGUAGGCUUGAAGUACGCAUUACGUCGUCUGCAGGCCGUACCCGCACGAGCGGCGCGACUGGUCCAUGCACUUGUGGACCGUAUGCGAGUCGGAGGAGGACCUAUUAUUACAACGCAACUGGGCACUUUACGUGGAAGGAGGGUCAUAGCGAGGACCAGUGCCCAGACGCCAUAUUAUAGCUUUAAGGGAAUUAGAUAUGCUCAACCUCCUCGAGGUCCAUUACGUUUCCGACCACCAGCACCGCUAGAACCUUGGUCAGGAGUUCGAGAUGCCCUCGAAGAAGGUGCGGUAUGUCCACAUCGAUUCAUGCUCUUCGACACGUACAAAGGUGACGAAGAUUGCCUUUUCCUCAACGUAUAUACACCAGCGUUGCCGGAUAAAAUAUCGGGAUACAAUCCGAAAUUGGCAGUCAUGGUAUGGAUCCAUGGCGGUGCUUUUGCCGUCGGAUCAGGCAACGCAUUUCUCUACGGUCCGGAUCACCUUGUUGGUGCUGGAGUAGUGUUAGUCACGCUAAACUACAGGCUCGGCGCUCUCGGCUUUUUAAGCUUAGAGAAUGAAGAAGUAUCUGGAAAUAUGGGACUCAAGGAUCAAGUAAUGGCUCUGAAGUGGGUCCAAGAAAAUAUCGAGUACUUUGGCGGUGACCCUCAACGAGUCACGAUCUUCGGGGAGUCGGCUGGCGGUGCUUCUGUGCAUUUGCACAUGCUUUCAUCAGCUUCCAAAGGUUUAUUUCACGGAGCUAUUGCUCAAAGCGGCUUAGCUCUGUCACCGUGGGCUCUUGCACAGGAUCCCCGCGACCGAGCUUUUGAGCUAGGCAGAGAGCUCGGCAUUGACACGAACAGUACUGCUGAAUUACUUGGCUAUCUUCGUGCAACACCAAGUGAAUUAUUGGUGAAAGCUGGUGCAAGGCUAACGGGUGCACCGGGGAAAUCGGCAGACCUGCAAAAUACCGUUUCUCUACCUUUCCUGCCCGUUGUAGAACCGGAUAUUCCCGAAGCUUUCCUGACAAAGUCACCUAAGGAACUUUUACCGGGAGCUGAUGUGCCUUUGCUUACUGGUUACAACGCCAAGGAAGGAAUCAUACUGUUUCGGCGACUUCAACGAUAUCCGAAAUUAUUGAGCGAAUUGGACCAUGAAUUUAAGCGAGUCGUACCGCCAGAGCUGACAUCCUCAGACGAGGAACGUUCGAUAAAGGUUAUGGACCACAUACGAGCGUUCUACUUUCAGCAGCGACCCGUCGACGUGCGCAAUAUCGACAGCCUCAUUGAUUUGUUCACAGACGUAAUGUUCCUACGUCCAGCACUGGAAACGUUAAAACUACAAGCAAAGACGAAUCGAACAAGUCCAACAUACUUCUAUCGAUUUGCGUUUGAUGGUGCUUUGGGUUUAUUCAAGAGGAUGCUGGGAAUCAAUCACCCUGGCGUUUGUCAUGGUGAUGAAAUGGGCUACCUGUUUUAUUUCUCGCGAUUUAACUACAGACUAGACGACGAUUCGCCUGAACUCAAAGUUUCCAAAAAAAUGGUACAAAUGUGGACUAAUUUUGCCAAAAGUGGAAAUCCAACGCCUGCAAUUGAUUACGAAUCAGUAGUGGACUUUAAAUGGCUACCAGUCAACGAUACAUCCCAUAUCAACUACCUAGAUAUUACAGAAAAUUUUACGCUUCAAACUGAUCCUGAAGCCAAAAGAGUACGCUUCUGGGAUUGGCUGUAUGAGAACUAUGCCAGUAAACGUACGUAUAUUACUGAACGUACCAGUGAACUUCAAUAAGUGAAAUUCAUAAACUAUGAUAACAAUUUAUUUAAAAGUGUGAAGUGUCGAGAGUGAUGUACUCUUUAUUGCAUAAUGUUUUAAGUAUUGUUUAUAGAUAAUUGUUAUUGUAAUUAUAAUUAUUCUGAUAUGUAUUUUCUAUAGAAAACACACACUUACAUUUC